CAUUCACACUCUUCACCUCCGACAGAGAGAAGGAUGAAGCUGCUGGCUCUGCUCACCUGUGUGCUGUCUGGGGCUCUGGCCCAGGUAAUGAUCGACCCCCGAGGAGCCCGACCCGUGCAGCACGGCACCAGAUCGGAGAAGUGCGCCUCUGAGAAGGAGUGGCCGCUCUGCACCGACGAGGACUGGGGCUCCAAAUGCCCGUCAGGCUGCAGAAUCCAAGGCCUGAUGGACAAACACGACCAUGACCUGCUGAAGAAGGUGGAGAGGAUCCGCAACCUCCUGGAUCAGUACAAGGCCAAGCACCGGUCCGCCGACCACGUGUCCAAGCAGACGUACGACUACCUGAGGGACAAGCUCACCACCGACGCCGGUAGCGACAACGACUACUAUGACCUGGCCCAGAACCUGCGGAAGAGGAUCACCGAGCUGAAGAUCAAGAUCGACCGACAGAUGAGGAUCCUGUCGGCUCUGAAGGACCGGGUCAAAGACCAGGUCACCGAGAUGCAGAGGAUGGAGAUCGACAUCGAUAUCAAGCUCCGCGCCUGCAAGGGAUCCUGCGCCACCCACUACGAGCACCAGGUGGACCACGAGAGCUACGUGACCCUGGAGAAGCAGGUGGUGCAGCUGGACUCCCAGUGGGCGCAGAACAUCGAGUCCGUGGGGACGCUGUACGUGAUGAAGAGCCGGCCGCUGAAGGACGUCGUCGUGGACUCCAUCUACAAAUCCAAGGUGGUGGCGGGACAGCAGAGGCAGGACCUGUUCCCCGAGGUGAAGACCGUCCAGUUGGUCCUGGAGGAGGAAGGUUCCAGCUCAUCCCCAGCAACCAUCUCCAAGGUCCCAGGUACUCCCUACGCACCCUCCUCAUCCUCAACCUCGUCUUCGUCUUCAUCGUCAUCCGCCUCCACAUCCUCAACCUCAUCCAAAUCCAUCACUGAGAUUGGCGGACGUGGUGACGGGGAUCUUUUUGGCGGCGGACGCGGCGACGGGGAUCUUUCAGGAGGGUUCGGAGGCUUUCACAGCGUCAGACAACCCAUCUCCACCCACGUGUCCUCCCAGAGCAUCAGCUGCACCAAGAGCAUCAGGACCACCGUGGUUCACACCAAGGAAGGACCGGUGGAAAAGGUGCAGGAGGUGAUCGAGGGGGGACCCGAGUGUCAGGCCAUGGCUGACGCCUCCAAGGGCGGGUUGAGUUCCUUGUUCCCCAGCCUUAGCCACGCGUCCUCCUCCUCAUCGAGCUCUCACUCCUCAUCUAUGAGGACGGUUCACACCGAUGGCGCCAAGGGGAGCCUGCUGGGAAAUUACAAAGGUGGCUUCAUGGAUCCAUUCGGCUCCGACCUCGGAGCAUUCAGGACCGACAACGCGGACGACGACGUUCCAGAUUUCCACGCCCGGAGCGUAAAGAGCGUGAGAGUCGAGCGACAGGACGGUUAUAUAGGACAAGAUUGUGUUGAAGCCCGCCAGAAGCACCUGAAAGGAGAAACUAACGGCCUGUUUAAUAUCAGACCCGGCGGCGCCCAGUCCACGCACGUAGUACCGGUUUACUGCCAGCAGGAGGGUCUAAUGGGCGGGUGGUUGUUAGUCCAGCAGAGGGAGAGUGGCGCGCUCGGCUUCAACCGCACGUGGGCCGAGUACCGCGACGGGUUCGGUUCGGUGGACGCGCAGGGGAAGGGAGAGUUCUGGCUGGGCAACCAGAACCUCCACCUGCUGGCGUCCCAGGGCGAGACCAUGUUGAAGGUAGAGCUGGAGGACUGGGAGGGGGGCGCAGCCACCGCUGAGUACACGGUACAGGUGGGCUCGGAGGAGACGGGGUUCCCGCUGCGGGUGUCCGGGUACACCGGGGACGCCGGCGACGCGCUGGCGACGGCAAACUCCAUCGGCGGCCUGAAAUUCAGCACUUUCGAUAAAGACAACGACCAGUGGGACGAGAACUGCGCGGAAGCGUACGGCGGCGGCUGGUGGUACGACAGCUGCCGGGGCGCCAACCUGAACGGGAUUUAUCACAAAGGUCCGUACGACCCAAAAACAAACGUGCCGUACCAGGUUGAGAACGGAGUCGUGUGGCCGACGUACAAACCGGCCACGUACAGCCUGAAAACUGCCCGGAUGUUCAUCCGAGCUGCUGCUUUUUAACCGAAAUAAGAAAACGUCAAGUCUGGGAUUUUUUUUUUUUUUUUUUUUUUAAAGAUUUUUUUUGGGCUCUAGUGGCCCUUUAUUGGAGAUACACGCAGCAAAGGUGCGCAGGCCGGGAUUCGAACCUGCGACCGCUGCAGGAGGAGGACUGUAGCCUCAGUAUAUGAGCCGCUGCUUAACCCACUGCGCCCAGUACUCGAGUUGUAAAAAACAAUCAGGGGGGAUGGUGGAUUUUAUCAUAUGGGGACAGAUAAUUUGUGCUGAUUACAAAUAAUAUAAUAUAUUACAAAUAAUAGCAGUGACCAAAACACCUGCAGAAAUACUGCAGGAAUGACAUAGCAGCAGUUAAAUGCAGCCUUCUGUAAGCUUUAAAUAUCCACUGGGCUUACAUCAAAUACAUCAAAACACAACAAUAAAAAACACUUUUCUGAACUUAUCAAUAUGACUCUGUCCUUCACAGGAUAAGUAAAAUGGAUCACUGCAAAAACUCUAAAUCUUAACAAGAAUGUCUUAUUUCUAGUUAAAAUGUCUCAUUUUAGUAAAAAAAAAUCUCAUUACACUUAAAACAAGACUCAUCACUGGAAAAACAAAUAUUUUCACCUGUUUCAAGUAGAUUUUCGCUUAAAAUAAGUAGAAAAAUCUGCCAGUGGAACAAGAUUUUUUUUGCUUGUAAUAAGAAGAUAAAUCUUGUCCCACUGGCAGAUUUUCCUAAGUGAAAAUGUACUUGAAACAGGUGAAAAUUGUCAAAUAAGUUCUUUUUUUGGUGUUAUUUUUCUGGUGAUGACUCUAAAUGUUGAAAUAGCAGUAAAACCACAUUCAUUGAUGAAAUGACAUAAGGGAUGGAAAGGGGGGAUGGCAGUUUUACAGGGGGGAUGAUUUGGACCGUUUUUAUUUCAGGGGCAGUCAGUACUUUCAACUCGAGUACUGACUGUGCCACCGAGCGGCCCAAGUCUGGGAUUUUUGAAUAAAUCCAGAACCAGAACCCCUUGGAGACUUCUGUGCUGUUUGGAAAUCAUUAAUGAAUCCUGAAAUGAUGUUUUGUUGAUUUUGAUGUUUUUGCCAAUACUGUGUAAACCUUAUUGAACUCUUUGUUAGCUUUAGCAGUCCAAUGUUCGCUCACUGACCUGAUAGUCAAGAUCAAUGACUGAACUCUGUUCGAUCAAUAAAGAUUCGGUGUUCACCUCA